AUGCUCGACCUACCUCUUCCAACCGCUGCAGACGAUGGAGGCGUUGGAUUGACCGGAGAUGAUGUUUUAUUGGAGCCGAACCCCGCCAACACCCUUUCGUUAUCCCCUCCGUUGGCCCAUGUGGCUAGCUCAGCCACUGUUCAACCCGUCGAUGCAACUGUUGGACUCUUUGGAGGAGAUGAUUUCCUGGCCCAGAUUCCCGCCAUCAACACUUCUUUCUUCCCUUCGUCUGCUCCGAUGCUUGCUUGGUCUGGUGUGCAACUUUUUGAUACAAAUGCUGGUUUCUUUAGAGGAGAUAUUUUCCUGGCGCAGACCCCCGCCAACAACGCUACCUUUACCACUGUCUCUCCUUCGAUGAUUCCGCAGCCCACUACGCAACCCACUGAUGCAAAUGUUGAACUCUUUGGAGGCGAUGUCUUCCUGGCACAGAAUGGCGAUGUCAAUGCUCUUUUUGGCCCUAUGUUGGCUCCUAUGGCGGCUCCACCUAUUGCGCAAACCAUUGGUUGGAAUAAUGAACUCUCCGAACAAAAUGUCGACCUGGCGCAGGACCCUGCCACCGAUUUUCUCUUUGCUCAUGUGCUAGCUCCGGUGGUUGCGCAGCCCGCGGACCCGUCCAGUGCUCCUCCUUGCCUCCCCCCUAAUACUUUCCUUCCGACCCAGUAG